AUGUCGUCUGGAACGGUGGUUUUCGAGGCCCCCCUUUCUCAAGGGUUCGGCUAUGGCAUCAUUCUGGGCCUGGGUUUUGCCUUUGCCCUGCUCAUGAUCUUCAUCACUUGGGCUCUCAAACGGUAUCAACAUGAAGUUCAGACUUCGGAAAUGUUCUCCACGGCUGGACGCUCCGUUAAGUCAGGGUUGGUUGCUGCUGCGGUCGUCAGUAGUUGGACUUGGGCUGCGACGCUUCUCCAGUCUUCGUCCGUUGCCUACGAAUAUGGCAUUUCGGGUCCUUUCUUCUAUGCGUCAGGCGCCACUGUCCAGAUCCUUUUGUUCGCAACGCUUGCCAUAGAGUUGAAGAGACGGGCUCCGAAUGCGCAUACAUUCUUGGAGGCAAUCCAUGCUCGCUACGGAACCGUAGUGCAUGCUGUCUUCAUCGUGUUUUGCUUGAUGACCAACAUCCUGGUCACGGCCAUGCUGCUCACGGGUGGCUCUGCUGUGAUGACUUCCAUGACUGGAGUGCCGACACCUGCAGCGUGUUUCCUUCUCCCCAUCGGUGUGGUUCUCUAUACUCUGUUUGGUGGUAUCAAGGCCACCUUCAUCACCGACUACAUGCACACUGUCGUCAUUAUUGUCGUCAUCUUUCUAUUCUCGUUCUCUGCUUACGCUACCAACGAGACCCUUGGCUCUCCGAGCAAGGUAUAUGAUGCUCUGGUAGCCGCAGCGAAGGCUCACCCCGUGGCCGGAAAUGCCGAGGGCAGCUACCUGACCAUGAGAUCCAAGAAUGGGGGCAUUUUCUGGGUGAUCAACCUGGUCGGGAACUUUGGGACGGUCUUCCUCGACAAUGGAUACUACAACAAGGCUAUUGCCGCCAGCCCAGUUCAUGCGUUCCCCGGUUAUAUCAUCGGGGGUCUCUGCUGGUUUGCCAUCCCCUGGCUUUGCGCAAGCACAAUGGGCAUUUCUGCUCUCGCCCUGGAGGGGUCCCAACGGAUCAGCUCCACUGAUGUCACUGCUGGCCUCGUGCUGCCAUACGCUGCUGUGCAGCUUCUCGGGCAUAGCGGCGCUGUUGCAACGACUCUCAUGAUUUUCAUGGCCGUCACCUCGGCCUUCUCCGCGCAGCUGAUUGCCGUCUCCUCCAUCUUUACCUAUGACAUCUACCAGGCCUACAUCGACCCCACUGCCAAGGGCAAGAAGCUGGUUUGGAUCUCCCACAUGUCUUGCAUUGUGUAUUCGAUCAUCAUGGCUGCAUUUGCCACGGGACUCUAUUACGCUGGCGUCGGUAUGGGCUAUCUCUAUCUGCUCAUGGGCGUCAUCAUCUCGUCCGCCGUGUUCCCUGGAGCCAUGACUCUGCUCUGGAAGGGCCAGAACUGGAUCGCUGCCGCGGCGUCGCCUCCACUCGGUCUUGUUGUCUCGCUGAUUGCUUGGCUGGUCACCGCCAAGAAGGAGUAUGGCGUCUUGACCGUGACCACUACCGGAGAGAAUUACCCUAUGCUUGCUGGCAAUGUCGCAGCUUUGCUGAGCCCCAUCAUCUUCAGCCCCGUUCUCACUUUCAUCUUCGGACAGCAGAACUACGACUAUGAGAGCAUGCGCGCCAUCCGCAAGGUGGACGACACGGACGUUGCAGCCGCCGCUCACGUUGACAUCGAACUCAUCCCCGGGGAGACAGACGACCCAAGUGACCAGUCGGAAGAGGAGACCCGCAAGCUGAACAAGGCGGCAUUCUACUCCCGCACGUUGACCGUCAUCAUGACGGUGUGCCUGUUGAUCCUCUGGCCGAUUCCGAUGUACGGCUCCUCGUACGUGUUCAGCAAGAAAUUCUUCACUGGCUGGGUCGUGGUCGGUAUGCUCUGGCUGUUCGGCACUGCCUUUGGUGUGGUCGUCUUCCCGCUCUACGAGGGCCGUCACAGUAUCGUCCGCGUCGUCCGCAUGAUGGCUCUGGAUGCCAUGGGCAAGAAGCCCGCGCUGCAGGGCCACAAGGCCCCGCGCGAAGAAGGGCAGUCGGGCAUCGCCACCCCGACGGAAAAGAUGAAGGAAGCCCAGGCCAAAGAUGUGACACAGGCUUGA